UCACGUGACACGCGUCAGCUGGACAGGAAGUUGCCAAGAUGGUGAUCUUCAGUGUGUAUGUGGUGAACAAGGCUGGAGGUUUAAUUUACCAAUACGAUAAUUAUGUCCCGAGAGCGGAGGCCGAGAAGACGUUCAGCUACCCUUUGGACUUUGUGCUCAAGCAUCACGACGAAAAGGUCGUCGUGUCUUUCGGACAGCGGGACGGAAUCAGAGUGGGCCACGCAGUGCUGUCCAUCAAUGGGGAAGAUGUGCUCGGCAAGAACACGGCAGACGGGAAGGACACCCUGGAAUAUUUAAAGGAUCCCGCAAACUACCCGGUGUCUAUUCGCUUCGGGCGGGCACGCCUGAGCUCCAACGAGAAGCUGAUGCUGGCAUCCAUGUUCCACUCGUUGUUUGCUAUAGGUUCACAGCUGUCUCCUGACGUUGGCAGUUCAGGGAUUGAGAUGCUGGAAACGGAUGUCUUCAAACUCCACUGCUUCCAGACUCUCACAGGGAUAAAGUUUAUCGUGCUGGCGGACCCUCGACAAUCUGGUAUUGAUGCUCUAUUGAGGAAGAUUUAUGAGAUCUAUUCAGAUUUUGCUCUCAAGAACCCAUUUUAUUCUCUGGAAAUGCCAAUCAGGUGUGAACUCUUUGACCAGAAUCUGAAGGGUGCACUGGAGAUCGCAGAGAAAGCGGGGAACUUUGGAGCCGGAUCUUGAACCAGAGAAGACUAGAUAUAAUGUGCGAUGAUUUCCAACCACAACACUCACUGACUUCAUAUGAACCCUAAAAAAAAGUGGAUUUUCUUUGUUUUUUCCCCCCAAGUUGGUAUCAGACUGUCAGUUAACACAUUGUAAAUACAUUGUUUUGUAAAUACUUGAAGAUGAAUUACAUACCGUUUCACAUAUUUGUUUUUGGCUGCAUCUCUAUUGACAUAAGUGAUGCUUGGCAUUGAGCAUAAAUUAUGAAACUCAACAACAAAGUUAUCAUUUAUUCAAGACAUUGAAUACCACACAUUUUGCUUUCUAUAAAAAAAAAAAAUCUUGUAAUUCUGUUUCAUGAUUCAAUAUUAGAAAGUUAAAAAAAAAAAACGGAUUGUAUAAUAUACCAGUUUAAACCAGGAGGCAGUUUUGUGCUCUUAUAAUUAGAAUCUUUAAGUGUCUUAAAGAGUCAACUUUUCUGUUUUUGCCACAUUCAUAUGGCAAAUAUAAUGUCCAGUAAUUUACAUUCUGUUAUUGAUCCUGUGUUUGCAGAGUGUAAAUACUGCACCUUUCAAACAAUAUAUUUAUUUAUUUUCAAGAAAAGGCACUCAAUGUCUCAGGGCUUAAUUUAUGUUCAUGUCCUGUCAGACAGAGAGUACUAUGGUAAAAAAAAAAAUCAAGUUAGAAAUAAAAUACAAUGAUGGCUUUAAAGUAUCCAGUUUUCAUCCGGUGCAAAAGA